UCCCCCCGUCAGAGAAAAAUAUCAGCGCCCCUGCCCCCGUUGAGGAUUGUAACUACGGAACCCUCCCCUAGCAGCAAUCCAAAUAGUCCCCGUAAAGAUAUGCCAAACAUCAGCUACCCAAGCUCUCCACCCCCAGUUAAUACCCCUAUGAGUCAGAUAUUGGAGGAUCAAAUUACGCAUCAAAAUGGACGAAGAUUUGAUGGUGCUAAAAGUCCCGUAGGUUUUAUGGAAAAGUUCCGCGGACGAUCUAACUCUGAUUCUAUGAAAACUCGACCAAAGCGGUUAAUCAACCAACAAAAUGCAGCCAGUCCACCAGGUUCUCCAAGAACCCCAGUCAAAGACAGACUCG